AUGCCCCCUAAGGAAAGGACACUUUGGACCCCUAAGACUACCGAAAUAUUUUUAGAUUUGUGCCUUGAAAACAAGAACGGUGGCAAUACUAAGUAUGAUUGGGAUACAAUUAAAAUACGUUUGAAUGCACAAACUGGGAAAAAUUUCGAGAAAAAGGCUGUAGAGAAUUACUAUAAUGACUGUAGAAACAGAUUUAAGGCUUGGUAUGAACUGAAGACCAAGUGGACCGGAAUCGGGUGGGAUGAGAACACUGGAUGCCCGACAAUUGAUCCACAUGAUGAGAAGUGGAAAGCGUUUGUUCAGGUUCAUAAAGGAAGACCUUUAGCCUUUUUUUAA